CAGUACCGUGUGGUGUCUCCUCACAACGGAAUUGACUCGAAAGACGUUUGGAUGCCACGAGUGGACCCUCCUACAUUAUUCCAGAACGCAAACAAGCUACUUCUGGUAUUUUUCAAGCUGUUUUUUUACGACUUUUUGCCACACUUUUUGACACACACGAGCGCGGGUUUUGUGUACGUUUGUGCAUGCGCACAGGUAAAGCCUAGGCUAUCCCGGAAGAACCCGUAGUACAGGUUGCAUUUUUGUUAUGUAGCAAAAGCGAGCAUAAUGGAGGUGUUUACGCGUAACGUUUGAGUUCUUUUUUUAAUUAAAUGCGCCAAAACUGAAGUUGAAACGACGGCGAAGCAACAUGAAGAGCGUGAAGAAGAAGCUGUAUGUGCUCAUGGACGUGUUGUGCGUCCUCGUCGCGGCACUGCCCUUCAUCAUCAUGACCAUCGUCUUCAAACCUUACCAAAGAGGCGUGUACUGCGACGACGAGAGCAUCAAGUACCCGCUCAAAGCCGACACCAUAAGCCACAGCAUGUUGGCUGCUGUCACCAUCUCCUGCACUGUCGUCAUUAUCUCAUCCGGGGAGGCGUAUUUGGUGUACAGCAAGCGAAUUUACUCCAAUUCCGACUUCAACCAAUACGUGGCCGCACUCUACAAGGUGGUGGGCACGUUCCUGUUUGGCGCCGCGGUCAGCCAGUCGCUGACUGACCUGGCCAAGUUCACCAUCGGUCGGCCAAGGCCAAACUUUAUGGCCGUGUGCGCGCCUAAAGUGUGCACGGGCUACAUGCAAGUGAUCAACUGUACGGGCAAUCCACAGGACGUCACAGAGUCCAGGUUGUCCUUCUACUCGGGUCACUCAUCUUUCGGCAUGUACUGCAUGCUCUUCCUGGCGCUGUACGUGCAGGCCCGGCUAGUGGCCAAGUGGGCGCGCCUCCUUCGCCCCACCAUCCAAUUCUUCCUGGUGGCCUUCGCCGUUUACGUGGGCUACACGCGCGUCUCUGAUUACAAGCACCACUGGAGCGACGUGCUGGUGGGGCUGCUGCAGGGGGCGCUCAUUGCCGUGCUUAACGUCCGCUUCGUGUCCGACUUCUUCAAAAAGCGUCCCCCGCGCCGCGUCAAGCCCGAACGUGUCGACAGCGACGAGACGGAGAGGAAGCCCAGCCUUCAAUUCGUCGACUCUGAGCACGGCAACCAUUACAACUGUCACCCAGUUUGAUCGGACGCUCUGCUUUUGACAUUCAUGUGGAGUUCUCGCUUUGAGUCAACCACUCGCCCAUCUGUUUCUCACUACCACUAUACCGACCGAGGGCGUUCCCUUUGUCAAAAUGACCUCCUUGUCCUCCGGCAGGCCGCAUAUGAACACGCCGCUUGUUGGAAGCGCAAAGACUGUGAAAUGAAAUGAUGCGCAGGCUCAACAACAGCUGACCACGAGCAUCGCGGACGCCUUCAUUCGCUCCUUGUCAUUUCUGCUUUUGGUACCAUCAUGGCAUUGUUGAACGGCAGUGUGGAUUCCCUUCGAGAUGCACAACUGCACAAGUUUUCUUCAUUAGGUACACCCGAACAAGCCUUUCCGAGACAAAUUCUGCCUUCACGCAGACAAUCGUGCAAUUGUAGUAAUUAUGGCAACUAAAUGUUGAAAUGAAAACAGGUAGACAGAAGAGACAGAGAGACUACUACUAUAUAGAGGAGUUACAAAAAAAUCGAUUAUUACGUGCAUUGCGAUUCGACACGUGACGAUUCGAUUACGAUUCAUAAAGGUUCAAAAACGAUUUUCCCUCAUAACUUUAUGGCAGCUGCUCAUAGCGGAACGAAAUUCAAGACACGUCUGCCGCCUGGGCACCGUUAACAGCGCACGCACGUUAUGAUAGAUGCUUCCUGUUACUAAGAGAGAUUUACUCCUUUUUAAAAGACUGGAAAAUAAAUUUGUGUAUGAGACAGGGAGAAACAGAAGCACGACCCGGCGGUAGUUUUAAGGCAUUUCAAUUGAAAAAUGUCCUGAGUGUGUUGCCAAGACCCGUGUGCAUCUGUAAGAGGUGAGUACACGAACCCUCUUGUACUGAUGAGCCUUUAUUGUUGUUGUUUUUGAGAUGUAAUAGUUAGCGCUAAGCUAAUUGGCUAAUUUGCUAACGUGUAUUUCAUAUGCAAAACGUGUAAAACCAUGAUUGAGUACAGCGGUAACACUACAAACAUGCAAAAUAGUGUGAAAACAAAGUAAAUUGGUUAGAAGUCUUAUUUCUAAAGAGACUUUGUUUCCAGAAAAUGUGGAGUGCAUUCCAACUGUGUAAAUUUUAUUGUAUUGUUGAGAGAAAUAAGUACUCCCUUUAAAAAGGUUAAUGUUUCUGCACUUUUUGAAAAAAUAAAUAAAUAAAAAAGCAGCUUAAUGGCAGCUUUUUGUUGUAUUGGCAUGUUUCCACCGUUCCUGUUGAAUCAUUACGAUAUUUUAGAUAAGUAAUGGACAAAAAUUGGCUUGGCUACUUUAUUAACUAGUAAUGCACAAUGCAUCAAUAAUUGCGAUAAUCGCGAUAACAGCAAUCAUCGUCAAUACCGUGAUCAUCGUUCAAUAAUCGAGUCGAAGCACCUUGAAUCGUAAUCGAAUCGAAUCGUGGGGUGCCUAAGAUGGCACACCCCUACAAGUACAAUAUAUGCUCCCUCCUGUGAGUUCCAGUUAACAACUGUUGUAACACAUUUGUAAUUUGACAAGAAAAGGUGCAAAAUCGCAAGAAAAACUAUUUUUUUGUGGUUAUAUUCCUUUUUGCAAUUGAAAAUGUUAUUAUCUUCCCAAAUCACAAUUCAGUAAUCAAAAAUCAAUUCCGCACAAUUAUUUCCAUUUCAUCUGAUUUUAGAUAUUUCUUAUCAUUUCUACUUUUAGAUUGGGCAAGUCUGCCUUUACAGAUGCAGAUUCUUUACAUUUUGUGGUUGUGGGUGUAGCCUGAGUGAGAAUGGACUGCAGUGUGGAUUUGUAAAGCUUAGGUGCGUAUACCACUACCAUGUUGCCUAUUUUUAGAACAGGUUUUGUAAUCAAAUGUAAACAAAGAAGGAUAAGAAACAGUUUUCAAGAAAACUGCGUUAAUUUAUUGUAAAUAUGAGGUUGUUUUUCUAUAUUUUUUAGAGUGCAAUCACCCUGCUUGCCACUUUGAGCUUGCACAUGCUCUGUCUGAAGAAUGCUGCCAAGGAUGUAUGUGUGAGUGAGUGUAUCUAUUUUUCUAUCCCUCUCUCUUUCUGUGUGUCUGUGUUAAUGUUUAGCCCAGGGGUGUGAAAGUUUUGCACUCGUUGAUCCACAUUUAAUUUUGACAGACGGGCCAUGAUUAUAGGGAAAAUACUUUCUACAAUAUAAAUCUACAUUGUCGGAAGAGGAUUAGGGCCAAUAAAGAAGGUGGGGGGAACGGUGGCCAAGAUUCUCAAAAUGAAGUCUGAAUUUGACUUUAAAGUGAGAAUUCUGAGAAUAUUCUCAGAAUUCCCAAUUUAAAGGGAACCACGGACAGAAAGACUUGUAGUUCUUGAAAGAUAAAUGUUAGUAUGAGGUAUAAUAAUUUGAUACUCAAACCCCUCUUAAUGUUUUCUUAUUUUUUAUAAAAUUUGAAAAAUUAGUAGGGCUGUCAAACGAUUAAAAUUUUUAAUCGAGUUAAUUCCAGCGUAAAAAUUAAUCCGAAUUAAUCGCAAUUCAAACCAUCUAUAAAAUAUGCCCUAUUAUUCUGUAAAUUAUUGUUGGAAUGAAAAGAUAAGACACAAGACGGAUAUGUACAGUCAAACAGUCAAAUGGCAGCAAGUCAAUAUCUCGGCAAGCCGCCUAUGAUCGGUUUAAAGGCAUUGCUGAUGAGCUGGAAUUGGAUGCAGGUACGACGUUGGGAACUCAUCCCACAAUUCUGUAACAAAAGAAUCUGACCAGCAGCAGAAUGUGACAAAAUCACGUCAGUCAUCAUACUAGCUUCACUUGCUACCUAGGACAGCCAUUCUCCCAGUCCAGGCCAGCCGCAUCAUCACCCUCAGCGUGCAUUGCGUGCAUAAAACAUUGCGCCCUACGUAGGUCAAAACAUGUACCAAAUAAUAUAGAUUUUUAAAUCAAUGGCAAUAAAAUACAUGUUUCUAAUAACAUAUUUUAGUAAAAGAGAACUUAUGGCUUAUUAAAACCUACAAGUCUUUAAUUCUGAGGUUCCCUUUAGAGUCAGAAUUCUAAGAAAAAAGUCAGAACACGUUUUGGAAACAUAGGCACAGUGCUGCCUUGAUUUAUGGGUUUAGAUUAAUUGAAAUUAAUAUAUUGUACCUCUCAUACUGAAUGUCAUUUACAGGUUGGUAACAAUCAUCAUCAUGAUGUCAUCAACCUGUAGUUACACUAGUUAUCGCAGUAUACGCAGGGAGCCCGCUAACUUGCUAGCUGUUUGCUCACAUGACAACACAAGGUGCCCAACAUGGCAGCCCGCCUCAGAUUAUUUUUUGGUUCCCUUUUUGCGCAGGGAGCCCGCUAACUUGCUAGCUGUUAGCUCACAUGACAACAGAAGGUGCCCAACAUGGCAGCCCCCCUUAGAUUAAUUUUUGGUUCUCUUUUUACAGUAUAAACGACCAUUCCUGUGUUAACCCGAGCUAGAUUUUGCCCACUCCUGGUGUAACAAGCCAAAUGUGAGAAAGGCAAAUCAAAGAAAGCUUACAUAUUCUGCUGUUUUGUUUUCAAACUGGGGAAAGCAGGACACGUAUGACGACGGGUCCACUGCAGACCCGAGAUGUGGCCGAUAACGAAAAUCAAAUAGAUUAACAAGUACAAGUGGCUGCUCCGGAUGAAAUGGCCUACGAGAGCUUCGAAAUGUGCAACUGCAGACAAACACGCAGGUGCGCGUCGCCAAUAUUCUCAGCUUAUGUUUUAUCAGCGUGUGCCUUCAACUAGGUGCUAUAGUGUGUGUUUUCUUGUAAUUUUGAAGCUACAUUUUGUAUACAUUAUGUAAUAAAUCAGCAUUCACUUAAAUUUGUCCAAGCUGUUUUUUUUUUCUUUCAAUUUUCAGUGAGUUUGAAAUAAAGUGGUUGAUUCUGAACGCAGCUACAUCCCAGUUUCAAGAGGGUGUGCACACUUGUGCAACCAAAUGAAACUGCAUACGUAGGCGUGCUUUUGCUUCAUUGUCAUGUAACUGGCUAUUUUUUUACAUGCCUCUUUUUCAGCACACAAAUUUAGACUUCGCUUCCCACCAGCUUCAACCUCAACAAAUCAAAAUAAGCCUUUUUGCAUAGAACAUAGCCUGAAAUUCUGAAUGGUGGGAGGCCGCAUAGUGACAAGCGGUUGUAGUGAUGAGGGCGAAAACCGCAGAGCUGGACCCAGUCGAAUGUGACGAAAUGACACAAUUGUCAGUAUUUUUGGUUUGUUCCGCAUGUUUUAAGUUUAAAGUUCAUCCGCCAAAAUUGCCCUUGUCGAAGCGGUUGACUCCCUCUUGUGGGCAAAAGAACUGGGGAGGCUGUUUUGAUUUGAUUCACAUGAUAAACCUAAAACAAUUAUGCAUCCUUUUUUUUUUUAAAUAGAGUAUAUAGUAAUGGUCAGGAACCUUUUUGGCUGAGAGAGCCAUGAACACCACACUUUUUUUAAAACUAAAAAACACUUUUUAAAGAACAAGGGUUAGGGUUUGUCUCCGAAUUUAAUAACAUUGUUAUGCUGUUGCCAAUCAAUGAUGAGUAUUUCAUACCAUUAAUGCGAUUUCUGGAUGAUUUUGUUUCAUUCAGGCGUUGAGAAACUUAGGAUGCGUCUCUUUUCAUGUUCACGAAGCGCCACGAAUGUUUUUUCCCACCACGCACGGAGCACAAUCAGUGCACACAAUCAGUGAUUUUUUUUUCUUGAGCGAACUCAAUGAAAGACUUGAAUGAAUCCUCCCCUCUUGUAGUCCCUUUCAUAGUCAAAACCUUGCAAUCACGCUGAAUUGGGAUAAAUUGCUUACCUCUCUUGACUCAUCCAAAGCGAAAGAAAAAAAUGGUGCAGCAUUUAUGUCCUUCACUUGCGUUGCCUCAAUUUGAUUUGACAUCAUGGCGGUCUUUAUCCGAAAAGUCGUCAAAAAGUCUCCACAAAGGCAAAUUCCUCGGUCAGUUCUUGCUGAAAAGUACAAUACUUCUCGUCUUUUUUUUUUUUUUUUUCCCCCCAACUUCUCAAAAGGGUUUCUAAAGUUAGCUGACAAACGCGGAAAACGAAACUAAAAUUGAGGGAAGUUUACUUCACGCACAUGUGCACAUCUGCCGCUAUUUUCAACAGCAAAAUACGGCGACCCCACUUAAACAGUGUCUUCGCCUCAUCUGCAUUGUCAAUGCAAUUAAUAGAUAUAUAGAAAUAUAGAUAGACACAACGACAUGUAUAUUUGCCAUUUUCCCUCUAAAAUUACUGCGAACUGGCUUUCUAAUCACUGCUUGUAGAAUACGGACUACUGGUCCCAUGAUCAUCCUGGGCUCACGCAGCCAAUGGCAUAGGACUUGGGGGGAUCUAACGUAGCACAUCUAGGGUGCUAUUUCAUGAUAUCUAGUGCGAAUUGCUGAGUGUUGUCGGAGCAUUAAAAAAGUUAACAUACGCUGCAAAAGUCACGUCUGCUCAUUACUGCACAACACCAGCAUAUGACCGGUGGCAGUUGCCGUUUCGCACAACGCGCAAAGGAGUAUAAUGAAACUUUUUUUUUUUUUUUAAUAAUUAAAGAUUGGUCUGCGAGCCACACGCAGCCAUCUGGCUCGCAAGCCAUAGGUUCCCGACCCCUGGUAUAUAGCAUAACACGAAAGGACAUCCCCUUUUGUUUUUAAGGAGCACUAAACCAGUUUGUGUGUAUGCUAGUAACGGGUUGGACCCCCUUUUGCCUUCAGAACUGCAUCAAUUCUUCGUAGCAUAGAUUCAACAAGGUGGUGGAAGCAUUCCUCAGAGUUUGGUCCAUAUUGACAUGAUGGCAUCACACAGUUGGUGCAGAUUUGUCGGCUGCACAGCCAUGAUGCGAAUCUCCCGUUCCACCACAUCCCAAAGAUGCUCUAUUGGAUUGAGAUCUGGUGACUGUGGAGGCCAUUUGAGUACAGUGGACUCAUUGUCAUGUUCAAGAAACCAGUCUGAAAUUAUUCCAGCUUUUUGACAUGGCGCAUUAUCCUGCUGAAAGUAGCCAUCAGAAGUUGGGUACAUUGUGGUCAUAAAGGGAUGGACAUGGUCAGCAAGAAUACUCAGGUAGGCUGUGGCGUUCCAACGAUGCUCAAUUGGUACCAAGGGGCCCAGAGAGUGCCAAGAAAAUAUUCCCCACACCAUUACACCAACAGCCUGAACCGUUGAUACAAGGCAGGAUGGAUCCAUGCUUUCAUGUUGUUGAUGCCAAAUUCUGACCCUACCAUCUGAAUGUCGCAGCAGAAAAUUGAGACUCAUCAGACCAGGCAACAUUUUUCCAAUCUUCUAUUGUCCAAUGUCGAUGAGCUUGUGCAAAUUAUUGCCUCAGUUUCCUGUUCUUAGCUGAAAGAAGUGGCACCCGGCGUGGUCUUCUGCUGCUGUAGCCCAUCUGCCUCAAAGUUCGACGUACUGUGCGUUCAGAGAUGCUCUUCUGCCUACCUUGGUUGUACCGGAUGGUUAUUUGAGUCACUGUUGCCUUUCUAUCAGCUCGAACCAGUCUGGCCAUUCUCUUCUGACCUCUCUUCUGACACGUCCAGGCCAUAACACAUUCUCCCAGUCCUCUUCUGGAUCAUCCAAAUGCUCUCUAUCGAACCGCAGACGGGCCUGUACUUUCUUCAGCAGGGGGACACGUCUGGCAGUGCAGGAUUUGAGUCCCUGGCGGCGCAUGAGUCCCUUAGAGAUGUCCCAAUCCGAUAUUUGGAUCGGAUCGGACGCCAAUAUGGGCGAAAAAAUGCGCAUCAGAUCGGCCGACACGGAAAACUUCCGCUCCAGUUUUUUUUUAAAACCCGGCCCGGGUUUUACAGUGCACUGAUUUACAUAACCCAUUUCAGUUUUUGCUUCGGUUUCCCUAAAAUCCACAUUUUACGGCACACCUUCAACACACUACAUUACCAUCUCCCAAUUUACCGAGAGCCUAUCGGUAAAAAUGUCAGCUGUGUGGGAUCAUUUCGCCUUAAAGGACGACAAAGACAAAGAGGCAGAGUGCAACAUAUGCCACAAUAAAGUCAAGCGUGGUGGUAAAGCUGUAAGACGUUUUAAUACAACCAACCUAAUCAAGCAUUUAGCGAAAUACCACCACAAACAAUAUAAGGAGUAUGUUGAGAAAACCCGAGAGGUCCUACGCAACUAACACUGGCAGAAACUUUUGCUAUGCGUGAAAAAUUGGCACUCGACAGUCCCAAAGCCCAGGGGAUAACAAGAGUCAUUGCCGAAUUCAUUCUGGAUGUUGAGCCAUUAUCUCUCGUGAGUAAAGACGCACCAUCCAACACUUAGAACCACGGUACAACAUGCCCAGCCGUCAUUACAUCCUUGAGCGAUUCGGCCGUGAAAGAUUCGAGAACGAUUCACAAACAUCCAAAUUCCGAUUAUUGAAAUAUGUAGAGUAAAGCGGAACUAAUACACGGCGCGGUCUUCGGGACGCAAUGAGAAACGGACCCCAUUACGUCCCGAGAGUAAACAUCAUGCUUGGGUAAUGCCAAUGCUUAACUCACGGCUUUAGCUCAACUCAUGCCGCUGGAUAAAAAACACAAGAGUACCUGACUGCUGCUGACAGCCGCUACAAACUACGUCAACAUCGUUUAACUGUAGAUAAUGGAUAUCUUAUGUAUAUAGAACUAGAUGCAAAAUGACAGACUCGACGGCGUUAGCAACAUUGAAGUAUGGAAAACUAGAUGCGUUAGUAAACGGCUGCCAUCUUAAAGCAGGAGACUUCUCUAGUAGGCUGUCGUGAACCUUCCAAGCAUACCUAAUUAACUUUUUAUCUAAAAUACUCCUAAAUCCGCAAAAUCUUGACUUGAAUCUAUCUUCAAAACAGUUUUAAAACUUUCACAUGUCGAAAGUAGACAGAAGGGGAAUUAUGGAAAAACGGGGGCAAUUUUAAUAAUUUUAACAGUUGAUUCGCAAAAUUAAAUGAAUAUAGUUUAAAGCUGCUGAUACGGAAUGGGGACUUGAGUAUUUUCUUUACUGUUAUAAAAUGUUAACUUGAUACUGAAAUAGUCGUUUAUUUAAACCUGAGAGGCUUUUUAUACAUUUUUUGUAACUAAUGCACGAAACAUUAAAAGCA